AUGUCACACAGAAAGCGGAGUAACAGUGAGGGGUGUGGCCAUGAUUUCACUCUACGGAAAAGCAAGUCUUUUAUUGGUUGUUCUUCUGGAAGCCCCACCUCCAAUUCUACUGAUUCUUUGGCUCACAUAUCAUUUGACUACUCUGCUGAAUCUUGGAGCACUGUCGUGGACAAUGAAUUCAGUAAGACACUGGACAAAAAGGUGGUCAAGAGACAGGAGAUCAUCUAUGAGCUGAUGCAGACAGAAUUUCACCAUGUGCAGACUCUCUCUGUUAUGGCUGAUGUUUUGAGGCGGGGACUGUUGGAGGACGUGCAGCUGGAGCAGGACGUGAUCGCUCAGAUUUUCCCCAGGCUGGAUGAGCUCUUAGCUUGGCAUAAAAACUUUCUCAUAGACAUGGAGACCAGACAGCGGGCAUCUAUUCACCCAGGAAAGCACAAGAACUACAUCAUACGACAAAUUGGUGAUAUUCUGUGUCAACAGUUUGCAGGUCGAAAUGCUUCUCAGAUGAUAGAGCUGUAUGGUGAUUUCUGCAGUCGGCAUCCAGAAGCUCUGAAAAUUUAUAAGCAGCUAUUACAGAGCAACAGGAAAUUACAGUUAUUUCUCAGACAGCAGAGUAACAACUCUGUCAUCAAACGGCGUGAAAUCCCAGAAUUCCUGUUGCUUGUUACCCAGAGAAUCACAAAGUACCCUGUUCUGAUAGAGAGACUCCUUCAACACACUGAUGAUAACAGUGCUGAGCGCUAUGAUAUUGCAGUGGCGCUGGAGGGUCUUCGGGGAUUGAUAGAAGAGGUGGAGCGACGUGUGGGAGAUUACCAGAAUGCAGAGAAACUACAAGAUAUCAUCAGUCGCCUAGACAACAAGAGCUGCACUCGCCUGAAGAACGGAGAGAUCUUCGGCAAGCAAGACCUGCAGAAAACACACCGAACUCUCACACACUCUUCAGCGCUGACCUGUAGGACCACCUCUGGCAGACUGAGAGAUGUUCUUGCACUGCUCCUCACAGAUGUUUUGGCUUUCCUUCAGGAGAAAGAGCAGAAGUUUGUCUUUGCUGCACUGGAGCAGAAGCCAUCUGUGUUGCCCUUGCGAAGGCUCAUUGUGAGGGAAAUAGCCAAUCAGGAGAGAGGAUUAUUUCUGAUCAGCGGCGAUUGCUCUGUGGGGCCUGAGAUGUACGAGAUACACACACAAACUCGUGAGGAACGCAACACAUGGAUGACACUGCUGAGACAGGUUGCUGAUAGCCUUCCUGAUGAUCAGACUAAGAAGAAUGAGGGGGAAAUCAAAGUUAAAAAGAUACAGAAGUUACAAGAGGCACUGUUUUCUCUGGACCAGCGGCUGUGCUCUGUUAUUGAGGAGAAGUUAAAGAUCUGUAGAGGGACUGGUAGAUGGAGUGUGGCUACUUGCCGACUUCUCGUUCAACCACACCCUGAAAACACGCCUCAAGGUGUCACAUUACUGUCUGACGCGCAGGAAGAGGUGGUGAAGCUGGCUAUCACUUUGUUGACUUGGCUUUUUCCUUGCAUAUGGUCACCAAGUAACCAUGAGAACAUAGGCCAGGAAAGAGCAAACAAUAGCAAACAAAAUUUGCCAAGUCGGAGCAGAAGGAGUGCUUUGGUGGGAACUGGGGUGGGGCCUCUCUCAAUAGCCCCAAUAAGCCCCGCCCACCAGACUUAUUUAAAGGUAGCAGAGGGUGUUCACAACUUAAUCCACAUACUCUACAGUCUACAGGCUGCAGUAAUAAUCCAAGACAGCUGCUUUGAAGUUCAAAAUCUCCUCCUCCUUGAGGGAGAAGCUCCGCCCCCAAAUCUUACAAGUGAUUAUGAUAUCAAAAGACAGGGUUUGGAGUGUGGCACGGUCAGCGGGACUGAGGCUGUGCAGCAGAAAGAACUGGAGCAGAGAGAAAAAGAGCACGCUGAACUGACAGACAGACUUGCGAAAGAGAAAGAGCAGUUUGAGGAGGAGCUGCGGCUGUUUGAGGAGAAGUUGAGGAAACUGAGAGAAGAGGAGAAGAGAGUGAAGAAAGAGAGAGAAACAUUAAAGGAUGAGGAAAAGAAAGUGCAGAAAGAGAAGAAUAGUCUGGAGACACAGAUAAGACUCAUUCAACACAAUUCAAAUCAUCGGCAAGGCAUCUUGCCUUCUAUCAUAUAACAGGAGAAAUGAUUUGCAUUUAUAUGUGUGUUACAGUUUUUAUGUGUUUAAGUGUUAAAGAGACAUUGUUGUGUUUUACUGGCAGAGUUGGAGACAAGAUCUGACCUUCAAGAGCAAGACCAGGCUGUUCAUUUGAAAGAACUGAAAUGAAGAGAA